AUGACUAUCUCUGAAAACGUAAAAGUGUUUCCCAAAUCCGAAUUUAGAGUGCUUCUAGUUUCAGAUGGGUCCACUUUUUCCGAGACUGGCGAGCCUCUGCAUCUCUCUCGACUGUCUCUACCCCAUCCCAAAGACGAACACAGUUGUACGUUUCUGGUGGACGAAAAAAACAAAUGUUUGUAUGAACUGAAAAAGGUAAACUUCUAUAAUCCUCACUUGCCUGUUUCAAAACGCCCAAUAACCACCACGAAGGGUGAAUGUCUGAACUCCUUGAUUGUCGAGACGGUUGGAUCGGAAGAUGGAAUGGUAAUUGAGGAACCAGAGAUUUUUGUGGCCUCCAAAUUCAAUCUCGUUUACAUGCUAUUGGCAUUUUUUGAGCAGAACAUAAAGAAUCUGGCUUAUGACGCUGACACGAGCACGGGCUCUAGGUUCAUCAGUUUCGAAGACAUGAGUGAACGACUGUUGGAUGAUACAGACUCCCCACUGAAAGACUUACCCGCAUGUUUUUUCGAGCAGGACACCAUUGGAAGGGCUUUUGAGCUGCUAUGUGAUACUAUGGGUGAACCUGAUGACUUGUACUACAAAUUGUCUCUUCAAAAGGUGAUAUCAUUUCUACGGUCUAGGGUGGAGAGGAUAUGUGAAAAGUUUCCUGAGAGCAUCAUGGACUCUAUACUUAAAAGCAAAAUCAACGCUCCAUCUGGAAAAUCAGAAGAGUUGGAUCCAGAAACUGUGAGGUGUUGCCAGAAAAUAUAUGCUAUUCAACUUCUUGGCUCGUAUCUUUCUGACUUUUAUGUGGAGCAGGUUUCCGUGUGUUUUAGGGACGAUCUGAAUAGGGGUAAAGACCAUCUUGCGAAAAUGGCUAGUUUGCACCAAGAGCAGAGGAUGGCGCAGCAAGGAAUCGAUGAAUUGAGUGCCUCUUUAAGUUCGACAAAUGGCUCGAAGAAGAGGAAACCUGUUGUCCAACAGAAAAAGGUACCAGUGAAGAAAAUAGCCGUAGGGCGGGGUGCUCUUGAUGGGUUUUUCAAGAGGGCAUGA